AUGGCGUCCUCCAUUGAUGAGCUGAAGAACAUCGAGAUCACCACUGGCGAAAUCAUCGCUGAAUACAUCUGGAUCGGCGGCUCUGGCAUUGACAUAAGGAGCAAGGCCAGGACUCUCAAGGGUCCCAUUGGACCAAAUGACGUGGUGAAGCUGCCCAAGUGGAACUUCGAUGGCUCCAGCACUGGCCAGGCACCCGGUGACGACAGCGAGGUCAUUCUCUACCCGCAGGCAAUCUUCAAGGACCCGUUCCGCGGAGGAAACAACAUUCUGGUCAUUUGCGACUGCUACACGCCGCAAGGCCAGCCCAUUCCCACGAACAAGCGCGCCGUCGCCGCCGAAAUUUUCGAGAAAGUGAAGGAGCACGAGGCCUGGUUCGGACUGGAGCAGGAGUACACGCUGAUGCAGAAGGACGUCAACUGGCCGCUCGGGUGGCCCAAGGGCGGGUACCCCGCGCCGCAGGGGCCGUACUACUGCGGCACGGGCGCGGACAAGGCGUGGGGCCGCGACAUCGUUGACGCGCACUACAAGGCGUGCUUGUACGCGGGGGUCAAGAUCAGCGGCAUCAAUGCAGAGGUCAUGCCCGGCCAGUGGGAGUUCCAAGUGGGUCCGUGCACGGGCAUUGAGGCGGGCGAUCACCUCUGGAUGGGACGCUACCUGCUCGAGGGCGACUGGAACGGUGCAGGGUGCCACACGAACUACAGCACCAAGGCGAUGCGCGAGGAGGGCGGGUACGACGUGAUCCUGAAGGCCAUUGAGAAGCUGGGCCUGCGGCACAAGGACCACAUCGCCGCCUAUGGCGAGGGCAACGAGCGGCGCCUCACGGGCAAGCACGAGACUGCUGACGUCAACACCUUCUCAUGGGGUGUGGCGAACCGUGGGUGCUCGGUGCGAGUGGGGCGGGACACGGAGGCGGAGAAGAAGGGGUACUUUGAGGACCGCCGGCCGGCCAGCAACAUGGACCCCUACGUGGUCACCUCCAAGAUCGCCGACACCACCAUCCUCUGGGACCCCAAGGGCGGUGCUGCUGUGUUGGAGAAGCGGCGAGUGGAAAAGCAGCAACUGGAGAACCAGCGACUUGAGAAGCAAAUAAGCAUUUGGAGCUCUUCCUUUCUUCUCCUCGCCCUCCCAUCUUCCUCCUCAUUCGCGUUUCCCACUCACUGGCGUUCGUUUUCUUUGUCGUUUUUCCGCUGUCCUUUUUCCUCCUUGCAUUCGGUCUUCUUCACUCUGUCAAUUUGCUCUGUUGACUUCUCUUCUCUGAUUAUCCUUCCCUGCGACUCUCUGAUCUCUGUGCAGGGAGGCAACGCUAAGGCGUGGGUGGGAAGACGGAGCAGCAGCGACUGGAUAGCACCUGCUGCGUUGGGGGCAGCUGGAGCAGCAGCGACUGGAUAA